AGAUUCUCAGUUUAUGAAGUGAUACCGAACAGUGUGUACAGGCGUCAGGGAAACAGUCCUUCUAUCGAAGGCUGUAUCCACUUUGGUUUAUUUUUCUUCGUUUGGAAUUAAGAACUGUGUGAUAAAUUAUAUUGUGACAAUGGUUCCACAGAAUAGUCCGGCGAGCCAGGCGUCCGGUAAUUUUGGUUCUCAACAGAUCGAUCCUGAAUCACAUACUCCAUACACAGAUGCGACUCAAUGCAAAAAAGCAUCGAAUCAUGUGAAGCGCCCUAUGAACGCUUUCAUGGUAUGGUCUCAAAUCGAAAGGAGACGGAUCUCCGAAGUGUCCCCGGAUAUGCAUAAUGCUGAGAUUAGUAAAAGACUGGGAAAGCGGUGGAAGUUGUUGACGGAGACCGAACGACAGCCAUACAUCGAGGAGGCGGAGAGACUUCGAUUACUACACAUGCAGGAGUAUCCUGAUUACAAAUACCGUCCAAGGAAAAAAGCAAAACCAGUCGGAAAACCUGAAAGUGGAAAAGUGACCAAGAGCUCAAGUAAACACAGGCAUGACAAACACAGACAAAAAACAGUGAACAGGGGAUUUUUAAACGCCACGAACAAUCUCAAUGUGAACACUGCUAAUGCAGACAGUCGACUGCGGCUUAAGCUGACAAUUGACAAAAAGUUUAAAGACAGUAUAAAAGCGAGUCGACAUGUGCCUGUGUCUUCCUGUCAACUCACCCCUCCCGCCAAAGUGCCGUCCAGCCCAUCGGUGUACUCUCCCCCGACCCCCGAGUCCACGAGCUUCUACCCAGAGGAAAUCUACGACACCCCGGCAGCGUCUCCCCAGGAGGAGCCGGCUAAGACCAGUCUACCUCACCAUGCCCCCUCCCAACACGGGGACGGGUCCUCCUUAGCUGAUCUCGACAAUCUCACAGACGUGUUACAAAUGCCUACAAACUGGCAGCUUGAACUCGGGAAUCUGGAUCUCAGCAAAUUAGCUGAUACAGACUUGCCAAACUUUGAUAUACAACAGGCCCACCAUACCUGUCAUGUCUCCAGUGCUAUGUCCACGUCAAGUAACGGAUCACAUUUUGAAUUCCCGGAUUAUUCCACGCCAGAGGUGUCCGAAAUGAUCGGUCUGGAAAAUGAGUGGUUGGACAUUUCAGUGCUGGGGUCGAUUGCGGCCCACUAGACUGGCUGUGUUGGUAAGAGCGAUCUUACACUACCAAUGGUACUUACAUAUUUUAUGUCGAUCUUUCAUUCAUUGUGCAAAUGUGUGUAUAAACGGGACAAUGUGCAAAAAAGUGAGGACUUGCAAAAAUGUUGGGAGGAAUACUGUCAUUCAGAGUGCUCCAUUAGGUCCGCUGGAGAAUGUAAAUAUUAAGUUAAUAUAGGGCUGUGUGUGGUAGGUCCACCGUAUGUGUGUUUGUGUAUAUAAAUAUAUAUAUAUAUAUCUGUAACGGACGGUCAGUUUUACCCGUGGACGGACACAUAUCAGGUCAGUAAUUUAAAUCAUCGAAAAUUCAAAUCAUUUUUUUUUCUACCGCAAUUUUUUUCUAACCGAUGAAAUGCAAUAUAACUGAUUUGUGUAUCUGGCCGCUGGUAUAAUUAACCGGUGGGACGUUAAAAUGUAUAUUUUCAUAUUCCAUACUUGUUGAACAGCAGGGAACUUUGUAUUAAGGAAAUAUCCGAAACAAAAGAUGUAAAUAUUGUAAAUUUUUCAGAGAGUAUAUGUUGAUACCAAAUCCAUCAGAUAAUUUUGUACAUUUUGUAAAGAUGUUGAUGACUAUUUUAUUAUAAGAGAAAACCUCUGAAACAUCCUUACACGAUUUUAUAACAUUUUCUAUUUACUGUUAUUUUAAAACAAAGCAUUUUUGUAGAGAAAAUCUCUAUAAAGUUAAAAAUGUACAAAAAGGAUGGGGUUUAUUUAUUGUGCUAGAAAGUCUGUUAUUUAUAAGGCCCAUCGGCGUGUGUGUUAGCGAGUGUGAUCUAGAUUCGAUAUGCAUAUCCAACGAACAAAUGUGUUUACGUAUGGCAAAGAGAAACAAAAUACUGGCCAAAUGUAAAUAUUAUUGUGCACAUCCAAAAUUGUGCAUUCAUUUAUAUUAAUAUUAUUAUGUUGUAGUGAAAAAAUACAACAAAUUUUCUACAUA